AUGAACGAGGUCAUUGUGAUUCUGUCAUCAUCACCACUCAGAAGUCCCGAGACCACGAAGGCUGCCCCAGUAUCACUAGGCAGGAGAGAACCGUUCCACAAUUACUUUGAUUUGGAUAUCGACGACUUUGACGAAACUGGUUCGAUUGAUGUCAAAUUUGACAGGCCCUCUAAGAGGAAACGACCAAGCUCAGUCGUCGGCUCUCCUUUUAGGCCCAGAAGAGCCGAUGUCGCCACCGAACAACGCUCACAAGACCCGUUUGAGAUCUUUGCUAGCGACGGACCGCAACCAGAGCCCAGGCUCAAUGUCUCUGCAGCCUCGUUCUUACGCUCCUCGGGCCUGAACAAAAAGGCCGAAAUUCUCGAUGAAAUUACCUUCUCAUCAUCCGCUCCGGAGCCGUUGACCACGGACAACAAGAAGAAUGUUGGGGUGUUUCCAUUGGAUGAAUUGGAAGAUCGACUCCUUGACGAUGAAAUAUUGAGCCUGUCACAACCAAUGCAAACUGGCUACGAUCACAGGACGGCGAACCUGCUUGCUACCCUUCAUCGAGAGUCCACCGAAGAAGGGAAAGUUAAAUCGCGACCCUUUAAAGUCAAGCCGCUUCAGAAUAUGACGACGGGGAACCUGGCGCCCAAAAUUUUUGAUGACAUUGAAUUUUCGUCCAGUCCGGUCAAAAGCGUAAAGUCUUCCAAAUUGUCGGAAGCCAAAAAGGCUGCCAGAGCUGGCGAGAGGGCAGCAGCGAGGGUAGAGCGACAGGCUCUAAAAGAGGCUGAGAAGGAGAAGAGGAAGUUGGAGAGGGAGCAGAAGGCGAAGGAGAAGCAGAAGGCAGUGGACCUUGCGGAAGUCAACAAAUCACGGACGAAUAAGAAAGACGCAACAACGGAAAUGAUCUUGGAUAUGUCGAGCUUUCUCAAGGAUACAAGUGUCGGCAAUCAAAUCGAAGAACGAAUGAAAAAUGUCCAGGUCGACGUAAACUAUAUCGAUGAGGAGGUCAACCUGGCUGGUGAGGGUGCUGAGCCAGAGCGGUACGGAAGCAUUAUCACCUGGCGCCGUAAGGUGAAGUCAACAUACAACGACGAAGACGACCUGUGGGAGCCGACCUCCAGAUGUUGUAUCGUUCAUGAAAAUCACGUUUUGCUCCAUCUGCCCGCUGAGGACUUUGUAGCCGUUGCAGCAACGUCAAGGUCGGGAUCUGUGGCCUGUGUUGUGCGGGAGGAGGAAGAGAUGAAGGCAAACUUGGAUGCGCAUGUUUCGUCGAUACGGCGGCGUUUCGGGGGCUGCGUUCCAAUCUAUCUCAUCGAAGGGCUCCGCAGCUGGCUCAAGAAGAACGAGAAUGCGAAGAAUCGAGCAUACACUGCUGCUGUUCGAGCUCAGAUAUUGCACACUGACGGUGAAAGUUCAGCAAAUGUCGAGCAUGUCACAUCCCAGACCAGAAGUCGCAAGCGAAAGAAGCCCGCGACUGACUCACUGGACCUGUCCGUUGUAACGUCUGACAUUGUCGAUGAUCUGCUCCUCCAUCUUCAGCUGGCUCAUCAACCAAUAUUGAUUCAUCAUACAUCGACUCCAAGCGACUCGGCAUCUCAAGCAUGUGCACUGACUCAGCAUCUUUCCACCCGGCCAUAUCGCUUAGCGCAGCUUGAGUACAACCUUAAAUCUGCGUCGUUCUGCAUGGACAGUGGGCAAGUCCGGACCGGAGACGACUGCAAGGACACCUAUGUCAAAAUGCUUCAAGAGGUACAGAGAGUGACCCCAAGCAUGGCUUAUGGCAUCGCGGAAGAAUACAAGACCGUUCGAAAGCUCGUGAAAGGGUUCGACAAGCAUGGCAACUUGUUGCUUGAAGAUGUUCGCAAGACUGUGAACAAAGAUGGCGGAUGGAGUGACAAGAGAUUAGGUCCACAGAUUAGCAAACGACUGUACAAAGUAUUCAUGGGUAGAGACCCUUCGUCGACGGAUGGAAUGUCAUGA